AUGUCGCGCCUCGACCGCGAAGCCGACGCCUUCCGCGCCUCCAUGGCCGCGGCAGCCUCCAAGCUCACGGGCACCACUGGCACCUCGGCCAUGUCCUCGGCCGUCAAGCGCAACCUCGCACCCCCCUCGCCAUCGCCCUCUGUCGGAUCAACCACCUCGGCGGCGGUGGGCACCCCCUCCCGCCGCGACCGCGAGCUCCCCGGCACGAACAUUGUGUACUCGCAACCCGCCGUCACGGGAACAGGCGACAGCGUCAUCUCCCAAAUGGCCUACGCCGUCACCUGGCUUAGGGGCAAGGACGAGCCGCAGACCUACCACGAUGUCCUCUCGUACCUCAGCGCCACGGGCCGGUCAGAUUCAGAGCAGGAGUUUUUUGUGGAACAGAUGCGUCGCCAUCCGCAGAUUCAAUGGAUCCCGGACCCGAAUCUGAGCGAGCAGACGUGGAAGACGGGGACGUAUAUCCACCGGCCCACCAUCCCCAACGUGAGGAACAAGACGCAGUUGAUUGCGUACCUGCAAAAGAAAACAGAUGCGUCUGGGGUCAGCGUCAAGGACUUGAAGGACGGCUGGCCGGAUUGCGAGCCGGCGAUUACGGAGCUCGAGAGGGAGCAUAAGGUGCUGGUGAUUAGAGCCAAGAAGGACGGGGCGGCGAGGAUGGUUUGGCUGGACGAUCCGAGUUUGUUUCACGAGGUGGAGCCGGAUCUGGUGAGGGCGUGGAGCAGGGUUGAGCUGCCGGCGCUGGAUGUCAUUGCGCAGAAGCUGAUACAGGCGGGGCAGAAGCCGGCGAGUGAGGAUCCGAGGUUGAAGGCGGAGAAGAUGCCGAAGGUGGAGAAGAAGAAGAAGAGGGCGGCGAGGAAGGGGACCAAGAGCACGAAUACGCAUAUGGAGCAUUUGUUGAAGGAUUAUAGUCACAUGAAGAGGUAG